UUCCCUGGUGCGUCAGCUCCCGCUCCUGUGCUGGCGUCUGCUGUUCGAGUCACGCUGUACAAAAUCUGGCUAUAAACAGGGGUCUUAGCAUGACCAUGAUCUCCAAAGGCACACUUGGCAUCUGUGCAGGAGUAGCCGGCGCUCUCUUCCUCGGCUAUUGUAUAUAUUUCGACCAGAGACGCCGGAGUGACCCUAACUUUAAGAAGAAACUCCGGGAGCGACGUCGCAAGACCACAAAGGGUGGUAGUGGAGGAAGCAGCUCAGUCACUUGGCCUAACCUUAAGGACCAGGAGGCUGUCCAGAAGUUCUUCCUUGCUCAGGUUCAGGCUGGAGAAGAGCUUCUGGCCCAGGGAGAGAUUGAAUCUGGAGUGGAGCACCUGAGCCGUGCCGUGGCAGUGUGUGGACAGCCUCAACAAUUGCUGCAGGUUCUUCAGCAGACUUUACCACCUCAGGUCUUCCAGCUCCUCCUCCACAAGCUGCCAGCAGUUGGUGAGAGUAUACUUCAGGCUGCUGGUGGAUCUAAAGUGACUGAAGAGGAUGUUGAGUGAGAACUGAGCCAAGUAGCCUUGAACUUUACAAUACAUUGGGCUCGUAUAUGGUGUGUCAAUUUGGCCAGAAGAUGGAAGAUUGUGAUAUGAUUCUUUCUUUGCCUCUCACUUUAAACUUGAAGCUCCCUGAUCUAAACUCAGACUGUUUUCCCAUAUAUCAAUUAUGGGUCUUUGUGUUACAUCUAUGAUGGCAAAACAGAUGAGCCAAUUAUACCUCGAUUUUGAAUUAAACUACUGUCCCGGUAAUGUACAUUGUUAUGUUUAUACAAGAGUACAGAACAUGCUGUUUAUUUUCAUUAAUUUUUUUAAUUUCCAGUGACUUUUUCCUCAGUAUUGUCAGUCACAUGUUGUAUUGUAAUAAUACGUAUACAAUAUCUAAUCCACAUACACACAAUACAGUAUAUACUGUAUAUGUAUAGUAUAUUGUGUGUAUGAGUGUGUCAACACAUUAAACUCAUAUGGCUCUGAAAAUUGGUCCAGGUUAUUCACUAUUCAGGGACAGCUACUUGAUGUGUAUUCAAGAAACUGGAGUAUUAUUUAGAUGACACUCAUGAUGCUACACAUUAUGUCACUUGUGUAGAAGAUUUUGAUGUGUUAUGAAGCCUUUCAUAUAUUUGCCUUAGUUUGUGACUGAGGCAGUGGGACAUUUUAGUAUCUUCACUUACAUACAUUUCUUAAUUUUGUUCUACCUUACCACCAACACAGAAGAGAAGAGCUCUCUUUAGCUUUAGAAACUUCCUGAAAUUUUCCAUUUUGUUAAAGUAAUAAUGUUCAAGGUGUGGAUUGUGAGGCUGCAAUAGAAACUUUGUAAUAAAUAUUUUUUCAGUGCACACUUCCAUUGUAACUGAAGUUCUGCCAUCACUUGCCUUUUUCCUAGUGCUUGUGAUCUGAGAGUUUUGGGCAGAGGGUCAACUGUUUUGUAGAUAAAUCAUCAGCUCACUGUGCUGAUUUCAUACUAGAAGAACAAUUUAAUGUGAUGUUUCCUGUCUGUUGAACUAAGUGGUGUUGAAAUUCUUUGUAAAUUUUAUGGAUAAAAAGAGUAAUGAAUGAGUUAGCUUGAAUGUUGUUAGUUUCUGUAUUGUGGAAUACAUUUCAGAGGUUUUUUAUAUUGCAUCAGCACAAACUUCAUGUCUGAAUUCCUGUAAUCCUGCUUUCUUAAGAUUCUUAAACUUUAUCAAGUAUGAUAAUAGUCUUUAAUUUGCAUUCUUUGUAAUAAUAGAAACAUUUAUAUAAUAGUCACUCAUCCCAGUUUGCAUUCUCAUCAACUGUCACAUUGUGCUGUUUAGGAUUUCUGUCUUCUUUUCUUUUCUUUUCUCUUAUAGAAUGUAUGUAAUGUACUGUACUUUGAGGAUAUAUUUUACUGGAUUGGAGUUACAAUAUGAACAGUCAGUUUAUGAAAUUAAAAAUUUAUGAAUGCUGCCCAAAGCAUUCGGUGGGAUCCCUGUAUAUAAUGUAUUAAUUUAAGGAAAAUAAACAAAGUUUUUGCUA